AAUAUCCUUCAUCAUCUUCUGUUUCCUCUCUCAUCGUCCAUGGCUUUGAAAUUCUCUCAAAUUCUCUUUAUAGUUCUCUGGCUCUCAUUCUUCUUUCUCCUCCUCCACUACUUGUAUUCCUUCAACCUCCACCAUCUUUACUCUCCAAAUGCGGAUGAGCCGUCGAUGCCGAAGCACCAGGACCGCAGUCCCGACACCACUAGAUUAGUCAGCAGAAAAGCUCUCUCCCAUAGAUUUGACUUCACUCCUUUCCAUCCCCGAGAGAACAACCACCAUCAUCGUCCUUCCGGCGAGAAAGACGACGGCGAUGAGAUCGAUCCCCGUUACGGAGUGGAGAAACGCCGAGUUCCCUCCGGACCCAAUCCGUUGCACCAUUGAUGAAUGACGAUUACACGUUCUUGAUUAGAGUGGUAACAUUCAAACCAAAGCCUGAUCAGACUUUACCUAGUUUUUUUUUGUCUUAAAGGAGGAUAUUAAAUAUUUAGAUCUUUUUGUUUAUUUUCUUUAAUAGGUCUUUCAUAGUUUUGGUCUUGAUACAUAUUUUUAUCAUGAGUACACAAGUAUAUUUUAGCUUUACUUUGACGAUUUUAUCUGUAAAUAUGUUGGUUUACUAUCAAGAAAUAAUUCACAUAUCUUGGUUAUUGUGGUUAACGAGAAAAAAAAAAGAUUAUUGUUUUGUUUUUUGAUUUGUUUUGUUUUUGUUACCUUAUGUUGACUGUUAUGUAUAUUAAUUAUCAAUUUGAAGAAAAAUUAGUCGUUGAUUAUAAUGAUGAUGUAUCAUUAUAUAAUUGCUUUGACUUUGGGAUUAGCCAACCAGUAGCUGCAAGCCUGCAACGGCACGUCACAACUGAGAGUUAUUCUAGAUGCCUUAUUAUACCAAAGACAAAAUAAUACAUAGUAUAAGAUACAAAUAUAAUCUCUCUAUAAGAAAUAUACAAAUAUAACAUAUGAUAAGAACGUACUAAUAUUUGUUUCAUACGUCCGAAAUUUGAACUACAAGUUUUUUAUAGCCUCUUUUUCACGCUUAUAUAUUAUGCAAAAUUUUAUAUGUAAAUCGUCCACUUUCAUUUCUUAAAAUACAUCGAGUAAUUCAUACUGUUAAAAAACAAUACAUUGAGUAACUGACUUUAUCAAUAUAUACAUGCAGUUUAGCUAGUGUUGUUAAGCUAACUCGUAAAUAGACUAAAAAAGAAAACUCGUAAAUAGAGUUUAAACUUUAAUAUGGUAAAGACAUUUAUUUGGUAAAUCUGAACAUGACUUUGGCCAGUAUAGUGUCUUGCUGUCUUUUCGAUAAAAAUAAGGAAAUUGUCAUUUUACAAAGCUUCACUGUCUCUCAAUCUCAGGAUGUGCCGACUUUUCUGUAUUUGGUUUCUUUCUAUACCAACUAAUUUGUUUAUUUUAAAAUAUUAUUACAAAUGCUGUUGACAAUUGUAAAGAGGGACCAAGAUGUACAAAUGGUAAACGACUGAAUUAAUAAUUUAGGGUAAAUUAUAUCGUCUUCUAGCAUAUUAAAAAGAACGAUUUUAAAAUAAUAUAUUAUACUUUCCAUAAUAGUUGUUUCCCUUCACAUGAGUCUAGUGUUGUGUGCCAUCAUAUUUUAAUGGGACCUAUUUUCAAAGAUUAGGUUUUUGUGGCGUAGUUACCUUGUGAUAUUUUAUAAAGGCAAAAUAAAAUAAGCGUCGGUAACACAUACAAACCUUACUUUCUAAAUACAUUAGUUCAUUUAGUUUAAACUAAAUGAUAUACAUAUAUAGAAAUUUAAAUAAUAUAAUGUCUAAAAACAUAAGAUUCUAAACUCACCAAGUAAAUGAUAAUUGAAAAAUGCCUCAGUUAAUUAACUGGAUCAAAGCUUCAAAAUGAAUUGUUGUUAGUGCAUGACUUUUUGAUUUUUUUUAUAUAUUACAGCUGUUUCUUAAAAUUAUUGAGACUUGUUCAUUAGAGAGCAAGUGAACAUGCACCACAAAAGAUAUUGUAAAAGUCCAUGUAUUGUAACACUAGUGGUAGUGUUUUCGAAGAUCCUCCAACAAUGCAAAAACAAAUCUAUGUUUAACUUGAUGAGCACAGUAUGUUAAACAGUAAAAUGAAGAGAAAAAUAAUAGAAGUAAAUAAAUAAUAUUAUUUAUUGUUAUUUUCAAAUUUCAUGAAAAUAUAUUUUUAUAACUUUAAGUAUGUGAAGCCGUACUAAACCGGGUGUUGUAUACACGUGAAAUUGCUUCGAUCUCUGAAGCAAAACACAACCGAGUCAACCCACAAUCAUGAUAAGGCAAGGGUUCAGUCUCAAUUCUGAUGCUUAUCGCUUUUAAAUUGCUUUCUUAUGAACUAAUCAAGUUGAAACAUGUAUCAAACAAGUUAAAAUAACACUGUGCCUAUUGAUUUUUUUUUUUGUUCUGAAAUUCAAUAAAGGAGAUAAACAUCUUUAAGUUAGAUACAUAAAUUUGAAAAUAUAAAUGAAUAUUCAAAAAGGAAUUUUCAUAUAGAAGCCUCAAAGCUGGGUUAGUAAAAAGGAAAAGAAAAGCCCAAAGUGGCCCAAUAAAUAUUGUCGUUUGCUACUUCAACGACCCAAGAGUGUGAAACAGUCCACCGUAGCUCGCGUGUUCCGAGGGAAAACGAGUAGUUGGGUUUUGACGGAAACAGUUUCCGGCGAACGAUCGGAAGGGAAAGUUCGUAGCUUUCGCAGACGAAGUCACGAAGCCUUCUCCGCAGCCAAAGGGUCUAUUCUGAGCCCAUGAGCUUGAGGAUAAGCUUGUUGUGACUUGUGACCGACGCAGAUGUUUUUUCUCUGUCUGAAGCAGAGCCUGAGUUCAAGGACAAAAGUAUGGGAAAGAGACCAGUGGAUGAUCCACAGUUCGAAGCAGGAGGAGGCAGCGGUAAAGAACAGAGCACAGUGGUGAAGAGGAUGAUAGAACUAUCAGCAUGAUCAAAUAGGAAAACGAAGAAGCUUUGGGUCUUUUUCACAACCUAAUCAGCUUCACCCUCUCUUAAAGACAAAACUAUUCCAUGAGUAGGAUUGCCUGAGAAAGAAAAAACAUAUUUUGUUAUGUGUGUGUGUUUUUUUUUAACUUUACUUUCUUUUUCAAGCAACUGAAACAAAAGCAAGUGUAAUCUUGGAAGUUAAGGGCUUUGUAAGAAAUGCAGCAUUUGAUUCAAAUAUGCUUUCUACAUUGGUAAUGGUGUUGGUGUUCAAGGAAACCACACAAAGAUUCAGAGAUAAGAAACAAAGUUACAUAAGUCAUUGUCAUCGACCUGACAUCUUUU